AUGGCAUUCGAAGCAGCGACGGCGGUACAGUCAAAAGACUCGCAUACGUACACGGCGAACUUCGUGGAUGAUUGGUGUAUUGGGUCAGUACCGCAUGGGGGGUAUGUGACUGCUACGAUACUGAGAGCUGUUGAAACGCAUUUCACGACGACUUUGUCCAAACAAAAUCAACCGCACACCCUAGCAUUACAUAUCGACUUCCUCCGGCGGACGCAAACUGGGCCUGUGACUAUCACUAUCAAGGAUAUCAAACUCGGCCGUCAAACGUCUGUAGUCCACAUCACCCUCUCGCAAGACGGCCGCGAGGAAGUCGUCGGGUAUGUCACGCAAUCGAACCUCCAUACUGAGAAAGGCUAUUCGUACGACACGACGUGGAAACCGCGUCCCGAAGUCUUACCCCUAACAUCGACAACAACGACUCUACUUGAGGGGAAAGACCCCGUCUGGACCGAGAAGCUCCAAUGGCCCAAUGCAAAUUUCCGCAAAGCGACGCGGAACAUCCGAGCCUGGUUCCCACGAAUGGGCCAACGCGCGCAGAACAUCUACGACAUGUGGGUAUGUCUCCGGGACCCUUCCUCGCGGUGGACGAACGCCUCGCUCGGCUUUCUCGUCGACAUGUUCCCGCAAGUCCUCGAGACCUUCUACCUGCGCGGCUUCGACCAGUACGACCCGAAACUCGACGAGUACUUCCCGCCGGACGAGCUGCAGCGGCUGACGAAGGGGAAAGCGCCGUUCUGGUACCCGACGGUGCUGUUGAAUUUGGAGGUGAAGAAGGCGCUGCCGGAGGGGGGUGCGAGGUUUUUGUUUUCGAGGUUGCAGACGAAGGUUGUGAGGGAGGGGCGGUAUGAUUUGGAGGUGGUGGUUAUGGAUGAGGCGGGGGAGGUGGUGGCGUUGAGUCAUCAUGUUUGUUUUGCGUUGAGUGCGGAGAGGAAUUUGGCGGGGAGGAGGAAGGAGGGGACGAAGUUGUAG